AUUUUUUGUAUCCCCAAGAUAUGAAGUUACCUGAAUUACACUAUAAAACAAGCUUUCCCUCCUCUCUGCCUUUCUAAAACUUUUAAAAAUGGCGAUUCUUCUGAACUCUUCCUCAAUCCACACAUCUCGUUCCUCCUUUGAUCGCCAAACAGAGACCUUGCAACGCCUCCUUGAUGCCGCUUUAAACGACGAUACAGACUCUGCGUUUCAAUGCAUCGCCAAUCCUCUCGUCGACGUCAAUUUCAUUGGAACGGCGAAACUCAGGUUCAAAACGACGGAGAUCGUAUUGCACGAUGAGUUGCCUCAUGAAGUCCGGUUCAUGUACGAGGAGUUCAAGACCGACGUUUCUCCUCUGUUUGUCGCUGCUCACAACGGGAAUUUGACACUGCUCAGGGAACUACUGAAUAAGGGGGCUAAGGUGAACUUAAGAUUGUUCCGAGGAUAUGCGAUAACAGCAGCAGUAAGAGAAGGGCAUGAAGAAGUAACGAAGCUCCUUAUGAAUUCAGGAGCGUCACAGCUUGCAUGCGAGGAGGCUUUGGUGGAAGCAAGCUGCUUGGGACGUUCCAGAUUUUCUGAGCUACUUAUGCUCUCCAACAUGAUUCGUCCUCAGGUUGCUGUUUAUGCCCUUGUCUCUGCUUCUUGCAGAGGUUUCGUUGAUGUUGUCCAUGUGCUCAUCAAGCAUGGAGUCGAUGUCAAUGCAGUUAGCAGGACCAAGCUUCAAUCCUCAAAGCCAUUCCUUCUCGUUAAUGUUGAUUGCAAUGCAUUGUUUGCUGCUGUUGUCAGCAGACAGAUUAACGUUGUUAAAUUACUAUUGGAGGUUGGCGUAAGGACAGACAUCAUGGUCAAACUAGGGGCAUGGUCAUGGGACAAGGACACAGGAGAGGAAAUUCGUGUGGGUGCAGGACUAGCUGAGGCUUAUCCUAUAACCUGGUGUGCUGUGGAGUAUUAUGAAUCCACUGGUUCAAUAUUGCGCAUGCUUCUCUCUCACCUCUCCCCCAAUAGUUACCACAUUGGGAGGACCCUGUUGCACCAUGCCAUUCUCUGUAACAACGAAAGAGCCGUCACUGUACUCCUAAAUUGUAAUGCAGAUUCUGAAGCGGCAAUUCAAACAAACGAAGAAACCUGUGUUCUUCCAAUUCACAUGGCUGCGAGGCUUGGAUUAUGCAAAAUUCUUAGAUCUCUGAUUAAUACUAAUUGUAACUUGAACUCUGUGACAAAAUCUGGAGAUUCUGCUUUAAUGAUAUGUGCGAGGAAUAAGCAUGAGGAUUGCCUCAGAGUUCUGGCAUCAGCAGGUUCUGAUAUGGGGUUAGUAAAUGCAUAUGGUGAUUGUGUUACUUCAAUUUCAAGCUCUAUUCAGUGGAAUGACGUGUUUGAGAAGGCAAUUUUGGAUGUGAUUCGAGGUGGAAGUGUUGUCAAUUCCACCAAUUCAUCGGCAUUUUCUGCUUCGAUAUUUGCAACUCAUGCAAAUGAUAUGAAGGCAUUAAAGAAGCUCAUUGAACACAAGGACAUAAACAUAGAUGAGCAAGAUGGUAACGGAUUCUCAGCUGCCAUGAUAGCCGUAGAACAAGGUAACACAGAAGCUUUCAGGUUGCUUCUUUAUGCUGGUGCUGAUGUUCUAAUGCUGAAAAACAAGCAUGGCCUCACGGCGCUUAAUCUCGCUGAAGCAAACAAAAAUAGCGAAGUGUUUCAUAAGCUUAUGCUUGAAUAUGCAAUAGAGAAGAAAUGCAGUUGUUCCACUGAUGUAAAUCCUCUUCACUGUGCAACGCGUCAUAGGAACAUAGAUUUUGUUCAGAAACUAAUAAAAGAAGGAUAUGACGUCAAUUCUUUUGACGACAGUGGAUAUACACCUUUAAUGUUAGCAGCAAGAAGACGACAUGGAGCAAUGUGUGAGCUUCUGAUCUCUCAUGGAGCCAAGUGUGAUAUCCAGAACGAGAGACACGAGACAGCACUUUCACUUGCAAGAGGAAACGGAUCAGCAGAAGAAAAUGAUGCAGAACGAGUCAUAUUAAACGAGCUAGCUCGAAGAUUAGUCUUGUGUGGGGCUCGAGUGAAGAAGCAUACAAAGUGUGGUGAAGGGUCAUUUCAUAGGAAGCUGCUAGUGAUGAUGGGGGAUUCGGGAAUAUUGAGGUGGGGAAAAUCUGACAAGAGGAACGUGAUUUGUAGAGAAGCUAAGGUUGGAGGCAGUACGAGGUUUCGAUGGAACCGCAGGAACAAGCAUGAUUUUAAUGAACAAGGAUUGUUCCAUGUGGUUACAACGAACAAGAAGGAGGUGCAUUUUGCAUGUCAAGGUGGGAAUGAGAUGGCUGAGUUGUGGGUGAGAGGGAUUACAUUAGUGACAAGAGAAGCCAUUUUUGGCAAAAAGAGCCCGUAAUCUGUAGAUUUGGGUGUUUUUAUUUCUUUCAAUGUCCAAAGUCUUGGCCCUCUGAAAUUUUAGACAUUAGAGGAGACAAUAAAGAAAGAACCUUGUCAUCUCAAAUCUUGUGGGAUGUGUUAUGUGAAGGAUGUGCUAACUCUUCAUAAUGUGAAUAUUAGUUAUAUGAUUUAAAUCCCUUAAAAAUGUGUAAAUAUUUUGUGUAAUGUAUACAGUGUUUAGAGUUUUUUCUUUUC